AUAAAUUUUCAAGAUCUAAAAGCCAAGUUGAGAGCGUCUCUCACUAGUCCGUAAAUCACUGUUCAUUGCAGUUUACGACUCUAGCUUCUUGGCUAUGGAUCGAGCUAUUCUUCGAGUUUUAUGACUGCCUUUUGCUUGACAUAAGAUAGGAAUCGCUCCUAGAUGCUAAGUCGUGCUUGGAUUUGUUUUCAGGUUGGGAUUUGAAGACCAAUUUUAGCAAUAAACGAUUUGAAUUUCUGAUAAAACACUGUUCAUGUCCGGAACCGUUUUGCCUCCUUGCUGAAAAUUUCACGAUUCUUUUUUGUUUUGGAGCAUGGUAUGAUGUUCGCCAUCACCAGAUGAAGCUUUUCGUAUACUUUUGAGCUGCUGCUGUAAGGAGUUCUCAGUUUGAAGUACUGUUCAAAACUCGUAAUAUACCCUGCGAACUCGGAAAUUUGUAUGGCCGGUAAGAAAGCGGGGAAAGGCGGCGCUACUCCCUCCAUGAGUACCAGGUCUAGAGCUUCAGCGGGUUUCAGUGUUCUGGAAGAUCUGGAUGUCGAUUUCCCUAUCCUACAAGCUGGGAAUGGGAAGCUGACACAGGGGAGUCCGGCAGGUUCUAGGAUUGAAAAUCCUUCCACUGACCUGCAGGUAUCUUCUAAUCCUGGUAACAAACAGGUCACUGCUGGGAUUGGGAAGCUGACACAGGGGAGUCCGGCAGGUUCUGGGAUUGUUUAUGAAACUUCUGCCACUGAGCCGCAGGUUAAUUCUAAACCUGGGAACAAGCAGGUGACUGCUGCUAUGCUAACAUCUUCUGGAAAGCAGGGGACUGAUACAGUUGCUCUUUCUGCUCCAGGAGAGAAUGAUAACAUUAAGGUUUCGAUUGCUUCUGCUGUUGUAACUCCUACAGCAGCUCCCAAAUCCCAAACAGUUAUGAAACCAUGGUCUAACCUGUUCAAGGAUAACCGAGCUCCGGCCCACGGCAUCAAACUAAAAUACAUCCCGCCGAAAGGUAACUCCUUGGAUUUCGCUGGGAGGGUACUACCAUCCAUGAUUGAUAUGUGGGGCCAUUGCCUUGUUGGAUGCUUUACGGGUACAUUCCCUGGCCUUAAAGCUAUUUAUGAACUGAGGGAAAAAUGGGGAGUAAGAUGCCUAAUUAGGCCCCAUGACAAGGGAUGGGUUAUUUUCAAAUUCCAAAAUGAAGUUGAUAGAGCUAAAGUUCUCAAUGAAGGGCCGUAUAAUAUUUUUGGGAAACUCUUAAUGUUGAAGGAACUUGGUGAUGAUUUUUCGUUUGACGAUGAAGAAUUUUUAAAGGUACCGAUUUGGGUCAAAUUCCCUAAUCUACCGCUAAAACUUUGGAAUGAUGAGGCUAUGAGCGAAAUAGCAUCUAUGGUUGGGGUUCCAUUAACCACGGACAAGGUUACCCAGGAAAAAAUUAACCACCACUUUGCUAGAGUGCUGAUCGAGGUGGAUAUUUCGAAGCCACCACCACUUUCAUUUCCUAUACGGUUACCCUCCCGAAAGGUAUUCAAUCAAACCGUGGUUUAUGAAACUUUCCCGAAUUUUUGUUUUCAUUGCAAAGAAUAUGGGCACCACCCAUUUAUUUGCAAAAAACUAGCUGAGAAGGAACGGGAAGCAACUAUCCCCGAAAUAGAAACAGUUAAAGAUGCAGAGCCUGAGAAGACAACACUUGAUCCACCUGCUGCUGCUCCGGCUUCUCUGGAGACUGCCGUUCCCGAACCGGGAACUACUACUCUAGCCUGUCUGGUGGCUGCUACGCCGCAAAGAGCUGCUUCUUUUUCUGCGGUUGCAAUCUCUGCUGCAACUUCUCAAGCUGCUGAUCAUGCUUCACUUGCUGCUGCACCUGCCGCUGCAAUCCCCGCUGCUGCCCAUGCGCCGCAACCUCCUGCUGUUCAUGCGUCGCAACUUACUGCUGGAGUUGACAUUGAAAUGAAGGUUGGAAGGGAGCCUGAUGUGCUUAAAACUGCUGCACCUGUACCCCAGGUUGCUGCCAAACGGAAUAAAAAGAAAAAGAUGAACACGGGCAGGACGAAGACUAUAAAAUCUGCUGCUAGAGCACCAAAAAGGAUUGAACAUGAGAGCUCAGGAGAGACAGACAGCUCUUGGGAGGAGGACUUGGGGUCGGACUUUGAUGAAGUUUAUAUGGAUGGUAAAGUGUUCACGAUUAGAAAAGAUGCUAAAGUGUGCAGAAAUAGAAUGAUACGGAGAAUUCCAGGCUUAAGUUGGGAGGAUACAUUUACUAAAAAGAAGAUGGCUCUUCCUGAAUUUUUUAGGAAUCGGACAGAUGGGAAGAAGUAAAUGACUGGAAUAGUUAGUCAGUUUAUUUUUUGACUUUGUGAUUUGGGGGCUGUCCAAUUUUUAUAAUUGAAUUAUUAUAUCUAGGUUAGUCUUCUCUAGCUUAGAUAGUCAUUGAGGUCUUUUUUGAUGCAUUGUAAAAUGCUAUUUUUGGGUGCUUUUAUAUAUACUUACAUUUCAUCCAAAAAA